UCCCUCCCAGGAAGACACCAGCCGACGCCGCCUCCUGCUCCUCCUGCCUCGUCUUUGAGGGCCGUCCUGGGCAGCAGAUCGUCGGUCUCCUGCUCGCUGUGGACGUCGCCUCAUCAGCGCUCAUCUCUCAUUGAGCCAGCGGGUUAGCAGCAGCAGCCUCCACGGCAGCUGAGUGUGGGGGGUGAGAAACACACAUUUAGAUUCAGACAACGUGACUGCAUGCUACGAGAACCGCUACACGCCUGGACCCAGCAGCAGCAGCAGCAGCAGCAGCGCUGAUCCUGGAGAGAACCGGCUGCUGGAGCUUCCACAAACCAAGGUUUUGCACUGAAUAAACAGCCGGAAAUCCUGGAUUGAAGCACAAACACAUGGACGGACAGCUGAAAUAAUUCCUAAUUGGAGGUGAUGCUUUUCCUUUUCGGACGCUUGCAUAUCUAAAGUAGCAGCUAGUAACGGUGAAACCCCUGAGGUUUAACGGUGUGUGUGCAUACAGGUGAGCUAAGUGGACGUCUGCAGGGCGUCGGAUGAACAUGGGCGGGGCAGAGAGUUGGCAGAAAGUGGGCACUGCAGGGGUCCUACCCUUGGAUUACAGUUUAGCAGAUUAGAGCUAAGCAGCAGUCACCUUAAGCUCGGCAGCCUCAUGAAACCGGUGCCGGCGGCCAAUAGGGCGUGCCCAAACACAUCCACUCACAGGCUGACACAGCUGCAGCCACACAAUUAAAUUAGUGCAUCUGGCAGACGGUGUGUGAACCGAGCUUAACACACAUUCAAUCACAUGCACACACACACUCAUGCUGUGGGCUGCAGGACAGAUGCUUCCCCCACCCUUCCUCCCGACGUCCUCUCAAAGCCAGCUGGAGAGAAGAUGAGAUUUGGGGCUGAUUGGUUUUGUCUUUUUUUUUUUCGCCCUGUGAGCCUUUCGCUUCAUCUGCCACUCUCGGCCUUCUUCCUCGGUGCAGCCGGAUAAAUCUUAAAAAUCUUUCAUCUUUUGGACGGAUGUCAAGCAAUCUGAUGCUUUAAACUCCUCCUCCUCCUCCCACGUGCUGUUUUAUCUUUUUACUCUCUGUUGGAACAGGGAUGGACAAGUCGGCUGCAGCACCGAUAUUUACACAGUCAUGAAACCUUCUAUCUUUGUCGCUUUUUUCCUUUAAUAUUUCAUCAUUCACUGAAAAGAAUUGAAACUUUCUCUCCUGAAGUUUGAGAACUUUGAGAAGAGAAAGCAGUGCCUCGGUGCAGUAGCCAGACAAUCUACUGAAAGGAGCGAGACAGAAAAAGGAAAGACCUUGAAUCUGGGUGAGGUGAACCUCAACAGCACGACAUAAAGACGAGGAGAAAAAAUAAAGAGAAAGCACAGAGGACGGAGGAGCCGUGCAGAGAAGGAGGAAAGAAAAGGAAGAGGAGUUUUUUUUUGUUAAGGAUGGCUAGAGCGGUGAUGGAACACCCUUCAGGCCAGACCUCCUCCCUUCCUCUCCUACUCCUCCUCCUCCUCCUCCCUUCUUCCCUCCCUCUCCACUAGUCUGCCAGAUUUUUUGUUUUUUUAAAUUUUUUGGCUACGUCGCUUCAGUGCAAAGAGAGAAAGGAAGGCGAGCGUCGGAGCUGAACGCCAGAUGACUCAGAAAACAAGAAAAGACCUGCUGCAUCCAGCCGCCGGAUUUCACCGAGGAUGCAGUUAAUCAGACGAAAGCAGGGAGGGAAAGAGUGAGAGAGGGAAAGUUGUAAAGUUAGAGCAAAAUAACAAAAAAGAGAAGGGGAGGAGAGAUCAGCUCACACUGAAAGGAGUUCGGAAGCUACAGCUGUGAGUGAUUCAGCUGCAAUUCCUGAGUGAGUCAGAGCGUCGCUGAGCUCGACUGAGAGACAAAUUGACUCUGAAACGCUGUCGAGCAUCAGUGCGAGUUUGAUUUAGAUCGUGUGUCGUGUGGGGUCGUCCCAGUCACGCUGACCAGGCCUCGGUGGUGGUGGUUGCGUGGAGGCAGCGGAGGAGGAGAAGGUGGUGGUGGGCUGGGGACAGUGGCAGGCCCAGGGGUGGGAGCAUGGCCGUGGGGGGGCCGCAUCCCGUCCUCCACCCUGCACCGGGACAGGCGCUGGGGCUGGGGGUCCUGGAGCGGGGGUCCAUCCAGGGGAGCGCCCAGACUCUCCGAGCUCAGGCCCUGGAUGAGCGGAGGGGUGGUGGUGGGUGGAGGAGGUAGCACGGGGGUGGGAAAUGGCGGUGGAGGUUCAGGGACGGAGAAGGGAGGCAGGGUGAGAUGCUCCCGUAGGAUCUGGGUUCUUCUCGGCUCCCUGGUCCUCGUCUUCCUCACCUCGCUCUUCCUGUCGGUGUCGCUACGAGGGGGCGUCGGGUUCAACUACCUGGAGCCACCCGGGUGGGAGGAGUCGAGGCGGGUGAAGCUGGUGCCGAGCUAUGUGGGCGCUCACCGGCUGUCGCCUCCAGAUGCCCCCCAGCAGAAGACCUGCGCCUGCCCUCGGUGUGUCGGAGACCCCGGCGUCUCCGACUGGUUCGACGAGAACUACGACCCGGACAUCUCGCCCGUCUGGACCAGAGACAACGUCCAGCUGCCCUCUGAUGUCUACUACUGGUGGGUGAUGCUGCAGCCCCAGUUUAAACCCCACAGCAUCCAGCAGGUGCUUCUGAGGCUCUUCCAGGUGAUUCCCGGAAGGUCGCCAUACGGCUCGUGGGAUCCGGGACGCUGCCUGCGCUGCGCCGUCGUGGGAAACUCGGGAAACCUCCGCGGGGCCGGAUAUGGAGCGACCAUCGACGGACACAACUACAUCAUGAGGAUAAAUCUGGCCCCGACGGUGGGCUACGAGGAGGACGCCGGCAGCCACACCACCCACCAUUUCAUGUACCCGGAGAGUGCCAAGAACCUGGCGGCCAACGUCAGCUUCGUCCUGGUUCCCUUCAAGACUCUGGACCUGGUCUGGAUCACCAGCGCUCUGUCCACCGGCCAGAUUCGAUUUACUUACGCUCCAGUGAAGCAGUUCCUCCGCGUAGAUAAAGACAAGGUCCAGAUCUUCAACCCAGCUUUCUUUAAAUACAUCCACGACCGCUGGACACGACAUCACGGCCGCUACCCGUCCACUGGGAUGCUGGUGCUGUUCUUUGCUCUGCAUGUCUGUGAUGAGGUGAAUGUGUUUGGUUUUGGGGCUGACAGUCGGGGAAACUGGCACCACUACUGGGAGCAGAACCGCUACUCCGGAGAGUUCAGAAAGACCGGCGUCCACGAUGCCGACUAUGAAGCCCAGAUCAUUCAGCGACUGGCCAAGGCUGGAAAAAUCACAGUGUUCCCCGGGAAAUAACCAGCAAAUCUAAGGUUUCCUGUUAGAAAGCUGGUUCUCCAGCAGACGCUAUACAGGCUGCUUCCAAUGUGUUAGAUAUUCUCGCUUUCACUUAACCUGCACCAGUUUCCCAGUCGAAGUAAACCAAACGCUGAGGUAAACUGGUACCAAAACAGUGUUAUUUCAUCCACUUUCCCUCAUAUUUGGGAAUCUAAGUACACGGUUUACAUCCAAAUGUAGCUCAUCUCAUGUAGGACUGAUGUAAAAGUGGGAGUUGAGCCUUCAUUUAAAAGUUAAAGCUCACUUUAGGACUCAAAGACAAGCUGUUGCUCAGUUUUUAAGAGCAGCGUGAACUCAGGAGUGAAAACCAAGCGAGUGCUGGACAGAAAAACUCAACCGAGGACCACAAACACCGACUCUGACUGUGUGUAGCGCCGAGGAGGGAAGAUCUAAUGAGGAAAUGGACUCAAUUAAAUGGAAAUCUUUGAUCUGAUCCUCAUCUAUUGACAAAAAUAUGACCACAGACACCGAACCGUCAGCAUCUAGAGGACCGUAUAGUGCUCUACAGAUAAAUCUACCAUCUGAGCUGUGGAUGUUGACAAACACAGAACAUUUUAAGGCCUGCUGGACAACUUUUGCAGCUUUUACAGAACCCAGAGACAGGUUCUUCUCAAAUCCUAUAUGAGGAAAAACACUUUUCUGUGUCAUAACUCCACUUUAUGCGAGUUCUGCCUCAGAAGACAGUGUUACGAGGACUUGGUGUGACUGCGGCGGGCUGUAAAAGAGUUGCAUAUCAGACAGUGGAGGCGACUGCUGUGGGUUUACAGCGAAUGACUGUCCUCUAAAACCCUCCAGGUUCUAACUGGUCUCAGCAACUUUCAGUCGUUGAGACUCUCAGCAUUCGCAUGAGCUCCAGCUUCUGCAGCCUGCUUUUAAAUGCCACAGCAGCCACAAGUCUCUAUUCAGAGCGCUGAUUUGACUGUGGGAGACUCUAAUGAGGCCAAAAGUCCAUCUCCUGGGAUUUCAUGUUUGGAUGGAGGGAUGCUGGUUUCUGGACCGGAGUGAAAUCCCCACGUGGACUGUCAGGGUCUAAAUUAAGAAAGAGGGCUGGAAACGAAGAGGUGGGGCACGAAAAACCAGACGAAACACAUCAUUUGCUGCAGCGAUUUUGAGGACAAAAAGAAAAGUUGUUGGCUACGAGCAGCAGUGGGUUCACCACUCUUAUUCUGAAGGGACAUUUCUGCCCCGUGGUAGGGUUAAAGAAAACCCCAGUGGAUCUCUGAAUUUCUGAACAGCUCAGCUUCAUUAACCACUAGCCUCAGUCCCUGCUCAGCCAAUUAAAACUUCAGCUAAGUCUGGAGGGGGUGGAGCCACCAGACGCCUUAGACUUCACCUCUGCACCACCAAACUGCACUUCCUGUCCUGCUCUUUUCGUGACUUAUCCCCCCACAGACUGCACAUCCCACUGUUCUUUUUGUUUCUACAUCUGCUGGAUUUACAUUUCUUGGCUCAGAUUCGAUUUUUCUUUCCCGCCCAGAUGGCACAUUAAUGGUUUCUGUCGUUUGGCAUAUUACCUAUUUACACAUUUAUAUCCUCUGUUGUUGGUUAUUUACAUCUUUAACAGGAAAAACACAAACAAAUAUCAGCCGAGGAAGUGCUGCUAGACAGUAUCCAAACACAAAAAACCUCAGCAGAGAAAAUAAUGUGUGUCACGGAGGUAGGAAAAUAAGAGUGUUUGGUUUGAGCUGAGGCUGUAAAUCCAUCCAAAGAUGGCAGGAUGUAGAUGUGAUUAUGGAGAAGCAGCUGGUGGCCAAUAAGGAAAAGUACUCAGGGUUCCUAAGCAGGUCUGAGAAGUAACUGAACACAUAUUUCAAGGUACAAGAAGUAGUACUUUUACUGCCCCUUUACUCUGAACUAAUAAAUCUAUGUAUGUAUGGGUUUGAAUCAUCCAUAUUAAUGCUUCAGCAGCUACUUUGUGUUGUGCCAAGAGUUUUUAAAACGUAACUUUAUUAACUAUUUUUUACUUCACUCACAGGCUUCUUUAAGUAAGAAGUCAUCAGAAUGCAAGAAUGUAAGGCCCCUGAACACUUGGUUUCAAAAUUAAGUAUUUAAAAAUUGUGUCAAUUAUUCAUGUUUAAAUGUAAAAGCACUUAAAGGUCCCCUGUGGCGUUUAGGUACACUACUACUACUACUACUACUACUACUAAGCCUUGUUAAGUUUCUUGUCAUACACAUGCAAUCUACAAAGAAAUACUUUUCCCAGUUAAGUUAAUGGUUUCACAGUAUUUUACAGAUUUACAAAUCAAAACACCAACUUAGGAGGGUUAGAAGAAAACAUCUCACAGGUAAAUAUAGUUGUAAACAACAAAAAAAAUGCUUUUUACAUGUUUAAUUAGCAAUUACAUGUCUUUUAACAGUUUGUUAGAAGUCAAGGAUGCACACAGUGAAUUUUGAUGAGUAUCAGUGAAUGAAGACAAACUCCACAGGGCACCUUUCAUUUAGAUUUAUUUAAUCGCCUCGGCUGGUAAUCUUUAUGAGGCUCAUAAACUCAGCUCACCGGUUGGUGUUAUUUUGAUCUUUUAGCACUUAGAAAUCUGGCAAAACUGAUUAAAGCCUGACUGAUACUUGAUAGGUCAUUUUAAGAAUACAAAAAGUUGGAGGUAGAACACUGCUUCAUUCACAGCCCAUUAUUGUAGAAAACAGAAAGAUGUUUCAACGCUACUGCCCUGAUCAGAGGGGGGAGGGAAAAAAUUGCAUUUACCUGAAAGAUGUGCAGCGAAAACUUUUCUACCGACUUCAGGUUCUAAAAACCUCUAUCAUCAUAUUGGCUACUGUCAGUGGUUUUUAUUUAAUUAUUUUGUAUGUUGUAGAUUAAUACUGAGGACAUCAAAAUGAUAAAAGAACACAUAUGGAAUUAUGUUGUAAACAAAAAAAAUGUUAUUUCAGUAACACUCUACAAUGUAAAACACAAAUUAGCUUGCAACUUGCUGACGUCACCGCCUGACUCCACAUCACUGUGUGCUCUGUUACAUGUGCUGCAGACAGUUCUAAAAGUCGGACCGCCCCAAUUCUCAGCAAACUAUGUGACGACAGUUUCAAAAUGAGUCCAAGCAUCUUAUUUCUGCUUUAUGUUCUGUAAAAAAAAAUACUCAAUAUUUCCGAUAUAUCUGAGAUAAGCUAUAGUCUGUAUCAGUCGGGCUCUAAAAGCGAUCACACAAGACGUUUUUGACCUCAACAUUUCAAACUAGUGCAUAGAAAAUACAGAACUGAAAAACAAUAGGGACUCCUUUAAUUGAAAUACCCCAAACUAUUGUUAAAAUAGUUCAAGAAUGUUUUUGGGGCAUUAAAUUCUGCUUUAAAAAACUGCAAAAAGUACUAGUUGUAGCCUAUUUUGAUUUUUAUUUUGAACUUAUAUUAAUAUAUUGGCCAGUUUUCUUUAUAUGUGCUAAAGUUGUAACAAAAACAAAAAAUGACAGGAUAACUGUUUAAUUUUCCAGCACUGUAUGUCAUAAACAACUUACUGUGAAGUGACUGCUUAACUCCACAUCAUUGUGUGCUCUGUAACAUGUGCUGCAGACAGUUGUAAAAGUCGAACUGCCCAAAAUCUUGGCAAACUAUAUGAUGAAACAGUGUCAAAAUGACUCCAAGCAUCUUAUUUUUUCAUUAUAUUCUGUAAAAAGAAAAAAAAACACACACAAACUUGGAUAUAUCUGUGAUAAUACUGGCUGAUAACACUUAUCAAGCGAUGUAUCAGUUGGGCUCUAAAACUGAUCGCAUAGACGUAUUCUAUUACAAAAAAACACAGAUAAAAAUAAGAAAACUGGAAAUCUGUUCAUUGAAAUACCACAAAUUAUUGUUAAAAUAGUUGAAAAAUGUUUUCGGGGCAGUAAAUGCUGCUUUAAAAAACUGCAAAGAGAACUAGUUGAAGCUUAUUUUUCCCUCAGAAGACGUCAGUGUAUUUUUAGUGAUUCAUAACACAGUGAGCCGAAUCAAGAAAUCCUACCACCCCCAAAGUGUUUGUGAAGAUUUGUGAAUAGAAGCUGCGUAGAAACUGAGUGCCAGCCGCUGCAACAUGUGUUGCAUUCAUGUGAAAUAACAUCUGUUUUUACAACAGAGCACACUGUUGAUCAUUCUGUUGGUAAAAAAUAAGGGAUACAACCACCUGAUGCUAUGAGGCUUGUUUUAUCGUUUUACAUGCAGUUUAACCAUCACUUGCUCAUUUAGAAAGGCUUAGUGAGGAGGGUCGGGGUGUCAUAUCGCCCCCAGCAGGUGAUGACAAGAACUGCUGGUGGCAUUUUAUUGUAUUAUCUUUGUAUCUUCCUGUAUUAUCAUUUUCUGCUUUCAUUGUGGUUUUUCUGCUUUGCAGAUUUUACAGGCUGCUUCAGUGUUGAGUUCAUUUUAAGGGUUAGUGAAUCUGGACAUCCAUUUUUUUGUGUGUUUUUUCGUCUUUUUUGUCACACAUGCUUUUGUGCCUUUUCCUGCUGCUGGACGCCUACAGCUGCUCUGUUGGCAACACACACACCUGCUACCUUUGCUUUUUUUUUUUGCUUUUUUUAGUCACACAAACACACACAUUCUGGCUGAGAGCUGUGCCUUCUGAGCUGUAUAUAGAUAUAUAUUUACACAAACACAUGAAAACACACACUUUCUGCCUUGUGCUCGGGGUGCAGACGCCUCCCGCUUCUUACUGCUUUGUACAUUGUUUUCUAAAACACCGCUGUAGGCCGAAGGAGAGGAUGUGAUGCAGUGCGAACUCACAUUAGGCCACGUUUUUCUUCUUCUUUUUUUGAACAUACAUUAGAAACUUUUGAGGCAUUUCUGCGAGGAAUCUUCUGGAUUCAAGCCCACGACAUUUCAGGUAGCCAUCUUAUCUUUCUGUAUCUGUUUGUUUGCUCUGCACAACUGCUUAAAGGCUUCAACAUAUCAGUGUUGUGAUGAACUCGAGCCUGGUUCGGUACUUUCUUGUUGGUCUUGUGUUAUCGAUGCUUCGAAAUGAAUGUGCGGAUUGUUUUUGGAGAUAACACAUCCACACCACAUUUCCUUUUCGCCUGCAGGGAGGAGAAAAGUCUUUAACUUUCCCUCCCCCCCCCAACAGGUGAGAGACCCUGUUCCAGCACAGAAACUGCUAUCAGCUUCCUCGGUUUCUCCCAGCUGUAGACCAGAACAUUGUGAUCAGAUAGAGGUGGAGGGUUGCAGGGUGAUCCCUUUCUGCUGUGCCAUUCUAAAUUAGAGUUUUUUUCCCCUUCCCCCCAUCGCCUUGAAUACAUGACACAGAUCUGAGUGUUCCCUGUAGCAUUUAUAACCUAAAGUAGGUCUUUUCUCCUGUCGCUGACCCAAUACACUCACUUUUUUUCCCCUCUUUCUCCUCCAGAAGUAAUGCUUAAAAUAAAUUUGAAGCAAAUGUGGAGCACCAGUUUUCAGGUUAAGUUUGGUCAAGAAAUUAAAAACAAAAUAAAAAAAAGCUGCACAGGUUGAAGAGAGUUUUGUGAGAAGAUGUUGUGGUGACAGUGAAGGUGGCAGCAGCUUUUCUCAGGUGAAAUUUGAAUGUGUGCUUCUGACAGCAGUGACAGAAAUGUAGCCAACUGGCAGCGAGUUUAUGUCACGGCUUAAACUGGACUGAAUUCCUUCACAAUAUGCAUUUUAUCUAAAAAUUUUACCCCAAACAUCCCUGCACCUUUUUCUUCUUGCUGUCAGUAGAAGCCAGUUUCCUUCUACAUCCACCACUAUUUUUACUCUGUUUUGUCUCACACAUUAUGUAAAGCUCCAAACACCACCUAAUUACACAACGCCUGAAAGCAUGUUAUCGAGAAACAGGAGUUUAAAACUGUUUUUAUUUUCCUGUAUGGCAAAAAGAGUCACAUUAAACUCAUUAAAUGCAAUUUCUAUGGUGGCAAUUUAACAGAACGAGCGUGGAAGACAAUUUGAAAGCAACUGUUCAGCAAAGGAAAAAGGUGGAGACUGGUGCGUAUGACAUCUAAAUCCUUUACACGGUUCAACAUUUUGGAAAAUUUCAUCUAAUUUUUAUAUCUCUGUGUUAAAUAAUGUAUAAGGCUGCAGCCAGGAAAGACUGAAAAAUAGUUUAGCCCCAUUAAAGAACCGAUUUCUAUGUUUAAAGCUAAUUUUUUGAGCUUACUGAAAAAAAGGGCCCAACAAUUAAUCAUUUGAGUUACUGCAAUGCAAUUAGCAAAUUGCUGAAGCUGCAGUUUAGAAUGUAGCCUACGUUAUGCAGCACAGCCUAAAUUUAUUAGUGUGAAUAUUGAAGUGAAGCUUUAUUUUGGAAAAUAUUACGGAAAACAAAAAUUGAAAUUACAUCUUUAUUUUCCUGAAAUUAUUCUGCCCUACAGUGUGAAUCAGCUAGUAGGUGGACUAGCUGUUGAGUUGUGUGCUACGCUAACCAUCUCCCGAUUGUAGCUUCAAAUUUAACAGCCAGAUCAAAGUGUGGCAAGAGAUCUUAAUUAAAUUCUUGAAAAUGCCAAACCAGUCUUUUCAUUGCAAUAUUUGAAAUGAUUUCUUUUUCUUGCUGCAGUACUUCAGGCUUGAUAGUACUCAGAACUCAUUACUGAGUUUGAGAUGACACGAAAUGAGAAAAUUGGAUCAAAUUGUGGUUGUCUGGCAGAGAAGAAACGAUCCAUCCAGCGUCUCCAGCUGUAACUAAAGAUAGUCUGCACCCGAGAAAAGGCUCGAAAAUUAGUUUAAUACCACUCGCAUCCCCUCAACAAGAUGUCAAAGCGCUGUGUCUUAGGGGUUUUCUGCAAAAAUCUGACCCGCUGUUUGAGGAAGAGCUUAAAAGGAGCAAAUACAUCAUGAUGAAAACGCUGCUGUUGGCAUCGCCUGCUGCUGUUUGAGGCCGAGGUGAGAACAGCGUCUCUCCUCUCGUCAGUUCAAUGGUCUGCACUCAACAGAAACAGCCUCUUUAGCGGCAGUCGGCGAGCUGCAGACAGAUCGUGUCAGACCGUCUCUGUGGAUUGUAACAUUCAUACGUCUGCUAGCAGAAGUCUACAGCGACCAAGAUAAAAAUACUACACUAGUAAAUCUGUCUGACAUAACAGUGAACUUACAGGGGGCUCGUAUGAAACAGAUAAUGUAGGAACAGUAAAGAAACUGAGUGAAACCUUUCAGUGUGGGUGGUUUCCUGCUGUCUGGAUCCGUCAUCGUCGCCUAGUCCCGGCUUUAAUGUCUCAUUCUUCUGUACCUUUUGGGUGAAGCAGUACAUGUGUAUUUACUGCACUGAAACCUCUGUAUGAUAUGUGAUCAGACUCUUUGUAUCUUAUGCUAUUGUACAAAUAAAAGCUUCAUGAUACAUGA